AUGAAUUCAUUAGCUCAGAACUCACCCUUUUCAUCAAUGAUGAACUUUACUUUUUUUGACCAAACAAAAAAUAUUUUAAAAUCAGAAGAGUCUAAUAAAUUAGAAAAAUACAAAAUUUGGAAGGAAAACGCAUCAUUGCUCUAUGAGAAUAUAAUGACUCAUAUAUUGGAAUGGCCAUCAUUAUCUGUACAGUGGAUGUGUGAAAAUAAUUUUUCUUAUAACGAAAGUUUUUAUUCUGAUGAAAGUAUUAACGACACGACAAAGUAUUCUUUGUUGACAGGAACUCAUACAUCCGGAAUGGACCAAGAUUACAUUAUUAUAUUAGAUGUAUUAUUACCAAAUAGUUCUAUUCCUGAAGAAAAUAGAAAAUUUGAUUCUCACAGUGAUUAUGCAGGUUUUUCAAUAUCAUGCAAAGAAAGCGACACAAAUAAAUUUAGCCAGAGAAUUUUAAUUCCACACGACGGUGAAGUAAAUAGAGCUAUCCAUUCUCCAGUAAAUAAAAAUAUUAUUGCAUCGAAAACAGUAGCAGGAGAUGUUAAUAUUUACGAUUUAAAUAGUUUGAUAGAUAAAAAAAUGGUUGAAGGAACUAUUAAAACUGAAAAAACCCCAUCAUUAAUUUUAUGUGGACAUGAGUUAGAAGGAUGGGCUUUGAGUUGGAACAAAAUCAAUGAAUCUUACCUAGCAAGCGGCUCAGAUGAUACAGUUAUUUGCUUAUGGGAUAUUCAAAGUAGGCCAAAUAAUUCUGAAAGAAAAUUAAAUCCAAUUCUUAAGUUCAGAGGCCAUGAAAAAAGCGUUCAAGAUAUCUCAUGGAACCCUUCAAAUGAAAAUAUUAUGAUCUCAGUUGGUGAUGAUGGGUUAAUAAUGAUGUGGGAUAUACGUGAAUCAGCUUCACCAUACUGUAUUGCUACUACAAUGAAAGAAAUUUACUCCGAUAAUAGCAGAAUUAACACUGGUUUUAAAAAAUCAGUUGGAUACUCUUGUAUUGGCCAUUGUAGUGCAAAUAUCAAUAGCCUUAACACGAUAGAAUUCAACCCAUUCCGCACUAACAUAAUUGCUGUUGGAGGGAGCGACCCCGUGAUCGCAUUAUUCGAUGUUAGAAAGAUGAAUAGACGGCUUCAUUCACUAAAUGGGCAUUCUGGACAAAUAAAUCGUUUAAAUUUCUUAUUAGAAAGUGAGUCAUUAUUGGCAUCUGCUUCUUCAGAUUCUACUGUUUCGAUUUGGGAUUUAUCAAAAAUAGGGAUGGAACAGAGACCAGAUGAAGCUGAAGAUGGAGUACCAGAACUAAUUUUUACUCAUAGUGGACAUACUUCUCCAGUAAUCGAUUUGUGUUGCAUGAUGAACAAUUUGCAAACAACGACCUUUGCAAGCAUAAGCGAAAAUAACUAUUUGCAUAUUUGGAAUCCAGGUGAAACUGUGUUCCUUUCAGAUGAUGAAGAUGAAGAACUUGAGAGGAUCAAAGACAUUCAAGUUGAAUAG